GUCUACACCAUAUCUCGCGGGCGGCCUUUUUAUGAGCAGCUAGUUGGGUCUUGCUCUCCCUGAUCCAGUUUCAGAGUGAACACGUACGUCCUCCUCCUCCUCUUGGGACACUGGCUGGCUCUGCUCCUCCAAGAUUGAUCCUGAACCAAACCAAGAUAAGAAAUGGCUCUAGCUGGUCAGGCCGCCAUGGUUGCGCAGUUUGCAGGAGUGGACGCCUACGGGCUCAUCAAGAUGAUCGCCGACGCGGCGCAGACGGUCCGGAGGAACAGAGCCACCUGCCUGCAGCUCGCGCGCCGCGCCAGGAUGAUCGGGGACCUGAUGCACCAGCUCCACGCCGCGCACCUCAUGCAGCAACCGGAGACGAGGAACCCCAUGGAGCAGCUGGAGGAGACGCUCCGGCGCGCGCUGUCGCUCGUCAGGUCCUGCCAGCGCCGCGGGUACCUCUACCGGUGCCUCAUGGGGGCGCGGCACGCCGACGAGCUCCGCGAGGUGCAGGGUGAGAUCACCUUCUACCUCCAGCUUUUCCCUCUCCUCAGCUACGUCGACACCACCCUCACCUGGGUCAGGCUCCUCAACAAACCUGCUCCUGCUCCUCAACCUACUUCAUGCAAAGAGGCACAGGCACAGGCACCUGUGGUAAGACCAUAUUUUGUGCCGGAUGAAUGGUGCUUGCUAGUUAUUCAUUCAGGAAGUACACCUUGGCACUGUAUUUAUUACGCGUGGUUUACAUCCUUCUCUUCUUGUAAUAAUUCAUUUUGGCAAAAUUUAUUUUGGCAUCUAUCUGCAGGAGUUAAAAUUGUUAUGCGACUGACCGAUUAUUUCUUUUCUGAUCACUUCAUUGGAAGGAUUAGCAAUUAUCUAGCUAGCACAAUGUUUCUGACAACUGCUAGUUAGCACUUGUGCUUCUCAAUCUCAUGUGUCGCGUUAGCGCUGUUGUCUCUUGGAAAAUCUGGCUGGCAUAGACUGAAAUUCAAGUUCACCCUAUCCAAACCGCAAUUGUAAGUCGAUCGGUCUUUCGUUCGUGUGCAAAAUAGGUAUGUUGGUAUUUUCUCUUCCUUGCAGAAGAUCAGAUCAUAGUUGAGAACUGACCAUGAGAAUCUUGUGUAUUAUUGUUUGUUUGCCACUCGAGUUAUUGGUUGUUCACCUUGCAUCCGAAAGCUCACAUUUUGAUCCAUCAGGAUCACAAAGUUGCAGUUUCGGAGGCGCAGUCGCAGUCGCACUCGCAGGUGCCGUUGAAUCAUCAGCGUAAAGAAGCUUCCAUGCAUGCCCCCUUCACAUGGUGCAACCCUCCAGGUUCAAAGGGUAGCCCGUGUAUUGCAUCACACAUGACUUUGCUUGAAGGCCCUCUCUCAUCUACAUAAACAAAGGUAGCUUUGUAUACCCAAUUACUCCUAUUUAGGAAGAAAUAACCAUCUAGCGAAAAAUUAAUGGCAAUAAAUAGUUUAUAAUUUUUCAUCUGAUCUUCACUUGUAAUUUUUCACCAGCUUCAACCUCAGCUUUCUGAAGAAUAGGAGGUGACCACGGAAGCAGCAACGAGUCUCAAGCCCAGUGGACUGUACAAAUGAUCCAGGCUUCAGAGCAGAUAGAAAAUUAGAUGAGCGAAUCAUAGGACCUUGGUUCCAGCAAAACUUUCCUCGUUAUUGAAGAACUUCUGAUCCCAAAGAAACCCGUUUUGCAAUGCUCGCGGCUAGAGCUACAGAUUUACAUAAACUGCGGAGAUAAUACUGGUUCUCACAGAUAGUUCUCCGUUGCCUUGUGGCCAUUGGCCGUGAGUUUCUCGAACAAAUACGCAUAUGCCCUACUUUAUAUCAAUAAAGUCGCACGGCAAAAUGAUAAAAGUUAUUGAGGAAA